UCCGCGGACUGGGAUGCCGAGCUGCCCGCACCAUGGCCACACCUGCUGCACGACGGGCGCCGCGGCUGCUCGUGUGUCUGCUGGCGGCGCUGCUGCUGGCCACGCCUUCCCAGAGCAACCUGCCGCUGAUAGACCUCUCGACGCAGAUGCGCGCCCUGCUGUUGCCCAGCGACGCGCCCGUCGGCUCCGUCGUGUACCGCGUGCUCGCCACUGACUCCGACACGCGCUGCGACUACCCCCUGCACUUCGACAUCACCAGCGCGCCCGCGGAGGGCAGCGACCCGGUGCUGCGCGCGGAGGACGUGCCGUGCACGUGCGCCGACAAGGCGUGCCGCGCCAACGUGGUGCUGGCGCGGCCGCUGGAGGCGGGGCGCGUCUACGAGCUGCGACUGCGCGUGCGCGACACCACGGGAGACGCCACCACCGUGCCGUCCAGCGUGCGCGCCACCAACGCCACCACGCCCCUGCAAACCAUCUUCCCGCACGUGCCCACGCUCGUCAUGGUGCCCGAGGACACCAAGCCAGGAACGGCGAUCGAAUACGUCCUCGUAACGAAUCACCCUAAAUGGAAAAUCCAUCCAGUGCUGGAGAUAUGGGGCUCUCCACUGUUCAGCCUGGGCAAUACCUCUUUGGAGUCUGCGUCGACCAUCAGGGCGGAUAUCAUACUCGCUGGAGAACUCGACUUCGAGAAGCAAACGAUGUACAUGCUAACUGUGAUGGCAAUGAACGCCUACGCGGACCCUGAGCUGGACACGCGCAACGUAGCGACGGCGAGCGUCGCGGUGGCCGUGCUCGACGUGCAGGACUCACCACCAUACUUCACGCACGCGCCGCCGCUCACCAGGCUCACCAGCGCCGUCAAGCAGGGAGACGCAGUGGUCCGCGUGCAGGCGGAAGACGGCGACCGCGGACAGCCGCGAGAGAUGCGGUACGGCCUCGUCUCGGAGGGUACGCCGCUGAUCGCCUUCUUCUCCGUCGACGAGCGAUCAGGUGAGGUCCGCCUGCAGAAGCCGCUGCGGGAGCUGUUGUCGGUGACGCAUGCGCACCAGCCCAUCGUGCUGACCGUGGUGGCCGAGGAGGCGAAGACCGACAUCCAGGAGCCGCCGGCGCUGUCCGCCACCGCGGAGAUAGCCCUGCUGCUUUCGCCACCCGACAACUCGCCCCCGUACUUCGAGACCACGAGAUUUGUGACUCGUAUAUCUGAAAACAGCCCUCAAGGGACCACUUUGCAGUUCGAUGACGAAUAUGUGACAGAAAUCAGGGAUGAUGACAUGGGUAAAUAUGGCGUGUUUUCCAUUUUCCUGUCGGACAACAUAACAUUUGAAGUGUCGCCUACUGUGGGUGAGCAGAGGGCCAGCUUCCACCUCAGAGUGAGAAACAGUGAGCUGUUGGACUACGAACAGCGGCAUCAACUCAGUUUCCACAUCAUAGCCCAUCAGCUGGGGCCAGAUGAAUCAUUAUCUAGUUCGGCAGAAGUCACUGUGUUUCUCAAUGAUGUUAAUGACAAUGCUCCUGUGUUUGACAAAGCAGAAUACCAGGCAGUGGUGAUGGAAAAUAUAUCAGCAGGGUUCUUACUAACUCAGGUGCAUGCAAGCGAUGUGGACACUGGAAUAUUUGGAAGAGUUCGGUACACUCAUAUUCUUGGUCUCCACAACAGCUCACUCACACUUGAUCCAGUAAGUGGAGUUGUUCUGGUUGCCACCAGCAAUCAUGGAUUUGAUCGUGAAGCUGCUCCUGAGUUUCAUCUGCAUGUAGAGGCUACUGAUAUGGAUGGUGACGAAAGAGGGAACACAGCCAAUGUUCCACUUAUCAUUCGUGUCCUAGAUGUAAAUGACAAUGCUCCAGUCUUUGAGAAAGAUAUAUACGAAUUUGUCUUGCGUCAAGAUCUAAGUGACUUCACUACACGUGCACAAGUGAAAGCUUUAGAUGGUGAUGCUGAAGCACCUAACAAUGUAGUCCAUUACUCCAUUGACUACAAUACACAGGAUGCAAUGAAAUUUCGUAUAGAUAAAAUAACAGGAUUACUGGGACUUCGAGAAUCACUGAGCCACGAAAAACCUACACCGAGGCUAAAGAGAAGUUCCAUCCAAGAUGCAAGCAGCCCAAUUGAAUUUUUCGUGGAAGCACAUGACAUGGGAAGCCCACAACAUCACACACGAUCGUUGGUGCGAGUAUAUCCACCACCAUCACCAACAAAAAUGAUGCAGUUUAUAAUUCCUGGACCACUUCCAUCUGAUCGUGCAGAUAUUGAGAAACUUUUGUCUUCCAUGCUGAGGAGCAGUGUCAGAGUUUGCUCUGUCACACCAUAUGAUGAUCACUUGGAACUUCAGGAAGAAAGAAUGUUUGCUCGACAAGAAUUGGCAAAUAAGACACUGAUUAUAGCAGAAGUGCAGUCAAGUGGUGAAACAGUGGUUGAUAUUAGCAAAAUCGCUUCUGUUUUCAAUACUGGUGGAACAGUGCCAAAGCCAGAACUGAUUACAACAACUGCAGCAACAUCAGAAGUAACCAAAGAAGCUAAAGCUGAAAGUAACUCACUCUUCUGGAUCUUAAUUAUAAUGACAAUACUCCUCCUGAUUGUCAUCAUUAUUCUUAUAUUGUGCUGCAUGUGUGCUGGCUGCCCUCUCUAUAUGAGCCACAGGAAACAUACUCAAGUGGCAUCUACAGACGAUCAUGUGCAGUUAGUCCUCCAUGAGGAAGGUCGAGGGAAAGACACAAAAGCUGUGCAAGCAGCAGAGCUGAGGGUUCCCACCAGAGAAGCAUGGAGUGCUGAUAUGCGGCAGCACCAGUCCUGGAAAUUCAACAGACGAAAUAACACGAAUCGAGACCAAGGAGAAGAGGACUUCCACUCAUUUAGAAGCCUUCCAGGUCCACAUGUUAUCUACACAAGAGAACUUCAAGCACUACAGCAACAACACCAAAGAGCUGAGCAUGAUAAAGAUGUUUUUGUAGAAGAUAUUGAAGGCGGUCAGUUAGAAGGUCCACGAGAAUUACGGCUUAAGAAUGAUACUGAUUUAGAUGCUGACUCAAUACGUCGGCAUGAAAUGGAAAGGGGCUCAGAUAUUGGCAGAGGUGGUGCCGAUACACUUGAGCGACAGAGGGUUCUAAGGGAUAGGAAAAUGGUUGGCACGCAACAUUUGCAUAAUGCUGAUUUUAAGAAAAAGGAAGCUGCAUAUUCAGAAAGAGCUAAUGACCAUGUACGAAAUCCAGGUGAUGCUGCCUACCACAGAAGUGAUCCCGACCACGGCACAGUCCAUUUUUCAAAUGCAUACAAUAAUACAGUGUACGUCCAUGGUCAAACAAACAAUUUUGCAACUGAUGAAGUCAUUUUAAGAAGAAUAAACAACUCUGAAACAUCACACCAUAUUCCACGAGAUCAGCAAACAAGUGAUCCUCAUCAAGUGAAUGAUCUGCAUGGGGCACAUAUAUUGGUAGCUGCUGACGAAUUAGACUUGAGAAGGUUAACAGAAACUCGGAUACCCGAGGGUUAUCGCCUUAUUUUAGAAAGAACAAGUCCACAAGAUGAUAGUGAUAACAAAACACCAGUGGGAAGGGAACAAUAUUUCAUUCAGGAAGGGAACGCAGAAAUUUUGCGCCUUGUAACACGAGGGCGGUCUGACGAAGAAAAUAUUUCCGUGCAACAUCAAAGGCCUUCUACAUUUCUCCCCGCUACUGAACAACACAUCCGAAUUGAAAACGGCAAGGAAAUCAUUAUGCAACGCUUCAUGCAAGAUCAACACAACAAUACACCUCAAACUAGUUCAUUACAGCAGGACAACAUUAAAAUUAAAAAAGAGGUGGAGGAACCGACUAGUAGAAGUACUGGCGAAGGAAAUUUAAGUGGAAGUUUACAAACUGUAAUAGCUGCCCAUGAAGUCUGCUUGCAAACUGAACAAGUUAACAAUGGGCACAGAGAAAUAACUAGAAAAGGAGAUAUCACUCCGCAGCUCCAUGAAAAUGAUAAACAUAUUCAAGAUGAUGUGAGAAUAAGAGCAGGUCACAUUUUACAGCCCUAUUCUGUACUUGGUGGAGCAAUUAGUGAAAGUCAGGAUACACAGAGUUUACCAGCUCAGUACUCCAUGGCUACACAAACAGAUGUCGAUAUAGGGACACAAACAGAUCCCCUACCAAGACGUGCCAUAAGUGACAAUGAUGAUUCAUUUACUGAAGAAGAGGAUGACUAUGUGGACUACUCCUCAGUAGUCCUUAUCAAAAAACCUGGCAGUGGAAAAGGAAUUCGGUGGGUCAGAAGGAAUGAAAGCAAGAAAAAAACUGUCAAGACUGAACAUCAGAAAAAAUUCAAGGAUGGGCACCAUCCACGUAGAGUUUAUGUGAAGACACCCAUCAUGGAAGAAACGGAGAGUUCUCUAGAACUUGCUGAGCAACACACAUCUGCAGCACAGGCGCCAGAAGAUACUGCAGCUACAAGCAAUUAUACUGAAAACAAGUCUAGUAUGCUUAGACGGCAAAAAAUAAAAAGUAAAAUAUUGUCUAAUGUCUCUGAACAAGAACCAGUGACAACAGAAAGAAAAAAGAAGAAGUCAGAAGUACUGGAACAUGAAGAGGAAUCAUUAUCAGAUUCCUUAGAAGAACACUCACUGUCUAGAGACAAAGACGACGGGAGUUACAAAAAAGAUAGAAGAAAACAUCAGUCCAAACAACGUUUCCAAAGAAACUCCGAGUCUUCAGAUGAGGAUCAUACACCUGAAAACAAGGAACCAAAUGAACAUGAUAAGGCAUCAUCAAAGGCAAAAGAUAAGAGGGGUACAGGUAAGAAGAUAGAAUUUGAUUCAGAUGUUAGAUUUUACUAUCGAAAAUCAUCCAGCUCUGUUCACAGCAGUCCUGAAAGAUGGAUCCAAGUAAAACCAAACCGACCUAGAAGCAGGUCCCUAUCAAGUCAUCGAACUACAGAAGAACAAAGUGAAGUAACAGACCAUGAACUACUGGAUAAACUGAAGAGACCGGGAACUAAAACUGAAAAAAGCUUUAAAGAAAAUGAUGCCUAUAACAGUGGUGAUGCACAAAUGGAGCUUUCUCGUACAAAGUCUACAUCUGAACUUCAAAGAAUAAAGAAAGCUGAGAGUUCAGCAUCACAACAAACAGUCAGAGCCAAGUCAGUGAUGGAUAAAAGACCUGCUCCUGUUACAAAUUCUAGUCAGAAAUUGGAUGUUGGUGGAUCAGCUGCAAGAAAUUCUCGUUACAUGGAUUGGUACAAAACUAAAAAAGAAGAAAGAGAAAGAAAGAAAAAAGAGGAGGAGGAAAAGAAACUAAAUCAGACAAAGAAACGGAAAGUAAAGUCGACUGUAACCAAACAUCUUGACACAAAACAAAUUUCUGACACUUCCCUAUCCAAAUCAACAUCAGAAGUGGAAGACAAAACAACACCACCUUCCUUGAGCCACUGUGAGAACUCUGACAAAAUUAAUCCACAGAACACUGAAGAAAACAAAUCUACAACUCUCAAACAAAAUGAAGUUAAGCCAGAGGAUGACCUUGAUUCUGGUAUUGCCAUGUCAUCUCUUUCCACACAAACUCAGGCCAGUGCAACAAACAAGAAAAGACGACAUCAGGAACUCCUUGAGAAAAAGAGUGUAUUUGCAAUUGCAUAUAAUGAUGUCCACACUGAGCAACUUAGGCCAGACACUUCCUCACCCUCUUAUUAAUAAAAUUUGUUUUAUCACACUGUUACAAAGACUUCUGAUGCUAUUAGUGUUUAAUAUUUCAUACAUAAGACUGUAUAAUUUUUUGAGUGGACUAACAACUAUUUUAUGACAGUUCUAUUAGUCUUCCGAAAAAAUUAAAAGUAAUGUAUUUUGAUCUCAUCUUGUAUGACAUAUGUUUCAGAAACCAGAUUCUUUCAGAUAUAGCUUCCACAUUCUGUUGGUAAAUAAUUUUUUUCCGGAAUAUGACAUUUCUAAAAGGUAGUCAUACCUGAAACAACAGGAUGAUGAUUCCGUAUGUGUAAGGAAAGGAAUCAUCAAAAAUUUUUACUUUAAAUAAUUGACAAUAUGAUUCCCUCAGAGACACAGAACACAAGUUUUUAUGUAUUCUUUUCUGUGACUUCAUUACGUGCAAUAUGCUAACUUACUACUGAUUCAAAAGAACAAUGAUGCGCUAUUUUCUAAGUUUCCGGAUCUGGAUAAUGUGCACAUGGCAAAUCAACUAACUAGAAAUUCAACAUUAACAUUCCACUUUUAUCCAGGUUUAAACAUAUAAUUUUAACACAAUUCACUUCUAUUAUGUCUUUAUUUUUAUCACUUAUUCUGAUUUCCUAUCUAGUUUUGUAUUGUAUGAUAUGCAUUUUGAGAUAUUCAGAAUCAACCCAUUUAAGCUGGAAUCAUGUGUCUAAGCUACUGAGUGUAUUAAUAACACAGUCAGGAUUGUUUUCCUUUUUCAUAAUUUUCAGUUAGAACAGCCAUAUGUGACAUGUAUCUGCACAAGUUACAACUAAAUUUUUGGAAAACAGUUUUUAACAAGAGAAUGCCAAGAUAAAAAUAGUCUGAAGACUCACGGCACUGUGAAAAUGAUGCCAAUAAUGACUUUACUUGGUUGCCACAAUCAGCAGUUCAUAUUUACAAGAGCAUUGAGGAUGAAAAUCAAAUAACAGAUACUGUAUAUUUGCAGAUUUUAAUGAAAGUGCAUAUACAGGCCAUUGUUGGUUAUGUCCACGAAAUUAAUUUUAAGCAUCUACUGAUCUGAGGUCCAACAUAAUUACAAAUUUAUUGUGAACUGACACAUAAAUCAUGUCACAUAAAUACAUAAGGAAUGGUCUUACAUGUAUUCUGCGGCAAUGCCUGAAUAUCAAAAACAAACAAGCUGAGUCUGUUAUGAAUUGAAAUUAGUUCUAACAAUACACUGUUAUGCCGCUUUGUGGAUUUGUGACAAAAAAGUAGUAAAUGAUUAAGACAGUAGUGGUUUAAGCAGUAACAGGAGGAAUAUAACAUUCCUGCAACACAUUAAAUGAAAAUAACUUUCCUAAAACUUAAAAGUAAGCAAUGGAUGUGGCUUGAAGAGUUCUUGUAACUCAAUAAUUGUUUCCCAGAAAAUAUGCAUAGAAUGUGCUAGCUCUGUGGCUGCAAACCUGCUUACUGCAUGACUACCUCAGCAUGUUAGAACUAGCUAGUGAAAAUGGAUGAUGAUAGGCUAUCAAGUACUUUCAAUGUCUUUUUAAAGAAGAGUAGACCACCAUUUGAUUGUGCAUUAUAAAAUUUAUCUUCCUGAGAUACUUGUUUUGGACUGCCUUAACAGAUAUGACAUAAUUUCAGCAGUGUACUUGAUAAUGGCAUAAAAACCGAAAUGCGCUAGUACAUACGAUAAAUAUAGUAAUACACAGUCAAAUGGCAUUUUACUCUUUUAAAAAGUACUGUCUGACUGUGUCUCAACACCAUCAAAAACUUUUUACUUUCAAUGUGUUUUACCCAGAAACUGGCUUUCACCAGACAAAAAAGGAACAAAUCACACACUAUCAUUGUAAUUUCUACAAAUUGCCUAAAGUGCAGAGUAGAGGAUAACCACAUUUCAAUACACAAAAUCACAAAAGAUGUCUAAUAAUGCUUCAUGCUACUAUAUCUACACUCACCCAUCAUGAUGGAUCAAUACUGAAACAUGAGUCACCACAGUAUUAUUUCAAGUAUCAGGUCAUAUUUGUGGCUCAAAUAAAGUAGCAACAUAUCCUAAUAUGUGGCUUCUGUCUAUAAUAAAGCUGAAUAUCUGAAAGUGUACCCAGUGUCAAUCAGAACAUGAACACUGCCUUCAAACAAUCAUUGUGCCCUGAGAUGUACAACUUAUUUCCAUUCUGUUCCAAAUUUCAGACUGUAUUUUUAUGUUAAGCAACAAAAAUUCUAUUUUGUACAGUUUUAUCCACCAGUCGCAUUCUAUAGUAUUUCAACAAUGUUGGGUGUUUAAAAUUGAUCCAGUGCCCACAAAACAGGAGGCACUGAUAGAUCAAAAACUGCAACCUUUUUUUUUUUUUAAUUUCAGAACAUCCAAUGACAACAAAAUACUAUUGUCUUAGCUUAAAAAUUAUUUUAAUUGGUGUACAUAGCAGAUAUAAAAGUACAACUGACACAAAACAAAUGUAAAUUUUUAUCGAGGAAGCAGUCAAAACAGCAGAGUAUACAACAGGAAGUGAGCACUAAAUGAGUACUGAGGAUUGAAUGAUAACAUACAAGUCAUCAUUCUCCUGCAUAAUUCUGUGAUAUUGUUGUACUAUAAAGUAUUUUAAUGUAUUUCUUGUUAGUGUACAGUUUGAUGAAUAUAUUUGAAAAAUUUUUCUUACUGUCUAAGUAAUAACAUUAUGAUGUUUGUAUCCUGUGUGCCUUCUUGUAAAAUUUGUAAGGAAAUUGUUAUUUUGUAAUACAAAAGAAAAUGUAAAAUCAAUAAUAAAACAUACAAGCAAUAUGGCAAAUUAAUAUUUAUAGUUUACUCAUGUCCAAAAUGUUUAAAAAAUCUAAGGUUGUCCAAAAUGUUUAAAAAAAUCUAAAGUGAACAAAAAAGUGUGCACUCACAUAAGAAUAAAAGAAAGAAACUUACAUUAACAUCACACAAAAAUUUGGGCAUCCUUAGUACUCCUGUCCUUGCAUUCAUCAGAUCAUCACUGUGCACACACAAGAACUUUCAGAACAGUUUGUUUACUCUUGUAAAAUCUGUUCACCACCACAUGUAUAAGAACUAUUGCUUCUUUAGGAAAAGCUCACACAUACAUCUGAACUCUACCUGACUGAAAUGCUGCGUAGCCUAUUCGCCAUUCUCUAAAUGAUCCAGAUUUGAUCAAAACUAGUAAACAGUGUAGACUUCAUACAACUGCUAAGGUGAUUCCAACUUUAAGUUUAUUUUGUCAUCCUGGCAUAGAUUUUAACCCUGACAGUACUUCUUAGAUACUCACUCACAGAGACAUGAGCUCAUUUGUUUUUAGAAUACAGGUUUUGAACAUCUCAAAUCGUCAUCUUCAGACCAAUGCACAGCACAGGAUGCCCAUACAUUGACACACAGUUCAGUGAGAGAAAUUCCAGCAGAGAGAUUGAUACUUCAAGUCUGGUGAACUAGCUGAAGAGCAAUAUGGUGAGCCUAAGCACCCAGCAGCCUUUACCUUCAACUACUAUAAUUCGUAUGAGAGGGAUACUAAACCAUCAUGCUUCCUGACAACUCUGAUGAUGGGAUAUGCUGUUUGUUGUGUAGGUCUUGCUACUGUUGCUAGUUUAUUGGAACACAUUUUUAUUUUGGAUACUUCUUUUCUGUAUGGCACAAGGUACUGUACUAGCCAAGCACUACCACUCCUUAUUUUCUCCCCAAUUACAUUCUCUUUGAAUCACAAGAAUCUACUGUCAGUAUAGCAUUGGUAGCUCUGCUACACUGUCCUCACUACUGCUCUAUCUGCAGGAACCAUUCGUAUUAACAACAGGCGAGUGAAUUUGGUAAUUUUUGGGAGGUGGAAAAAGAAAAGAACAACACUGAGUCAUGACAAAUAAACACAUGUUGAUAGUAGUUAAAAGGUUGGGUGAUUUCCCUUUUGUCUACUGAAAGUAUGACUAAUCAUAUCAUUUUCGAAGGGCUAAAUAAUUUCUGUGACAUUAGUGUCAACAUUAACUCUUGCAAAGCAGGCUAUUGCUUCUAGCAACCACUGAUUUAAGAUAUUAUUAUUUUUGUUGAGUCAUAAGGGUCAAGAACAUGAAAGGGAGGCUCUUCAGAAGGGAGUGGAAACAUUGUUAUAUAAUAUCCCCCAUGUUAUUCAAUGUGCAUAUUGGGCAAGAAGUGAAAGAAACUUACUAGAAAUUUAGUAAGUGAAGAAAAUUCACAUGACAAGAAAUAAAAAAUGUAAGGUAUGCCAAUGACGACACAAUUCUAACGGUCUUGGAAGAUCAGUUGAAUGGAGGUUCCUUACUUUCCCGUGCCCUUUAUCCAGACAACACGGGGUUGGGACUGGUAUGGUUCUUCUUCAAUUUCGCUGACAACCAUCUAUACACUUAUAUAGGCUAUUACUACAGUGGGGUUGCCACUACCAAAGUGAUUUUAAAGCUACUGCCAGAUUCUCCCCCUCCCGAGGAAUCCAGGUAACCCUAUAGUCCGUGUCUAGUAUAAUCAUAUGAUCGAAUGUGACAUCAUUUUUUCAAAAUAAUGUAUCUGAGGCUGGAUGUUGGAACCAGCCUGGUGUUUAUCUACGGGGAUCUGGAAGAUGUCCUAAAAACCACAUCCAGGGUGGACAGAAAACCAGCCUCCUUGUUAAUCAAUGUGCCUACCUGUGUCCAGGAAAUAACUCAUUUGGCUACCUGGGAGGUUUGAAGAGGUUAUAAUAUGGAUACUAACAAAAGUAAAUAAGAAUGAUGGAUUAAAGCCAAAUUAAAUCGUUUAAUGGUGUGGGAUUUGGAUUAAGAAAGGGUCACAAAAGGUGGUAGACGAGUUUUGUUAUUUGGGCAGCAAAAAAACUUUUCUAAAAUAAAAUUCAAAAAGAAGAGAGAGAGAGAGAGAGAGAGAGAGAGAGAGAGAGAGAGAGAGAGAGAGAGAAAUGUGUUAACACUGAAUAAAAAUUAAGUGUCAUGAAGCCUUUUCUGUAAGUAUUUGGUGUGUAGUCUCUUGUGGAAGUGGAACAUGGAUGAUGAAACAAUACAGACGAGUACAGAAACUUCCAAAAUGUGGUGUUACAGAAGAAGCCUAAAGAUAAGAUGGGUAAAUAAGGUACCAACAAAGAGGUAGUGAACUAAAUUAAGAGAUAAAAGAUCUUUACUGCACAACUGGACUAAAAGAAGUGGUAUUUUGACAGUAUACAUUGUGAGGUAUUGAGGAAUAAUAAAUUUGGUAAUAGACUGAAGAGUGUGUGUGCAGGAGGGGGGAGGGGGGGGGCGAAGAGGUAAAAAUUGUAGAGGGGGCCAAAGGCUCAAAUCAGGAUCAAAUGGAUGUAGCAGCAGUAAUUAUGAAAAGACAGGAUAAUUGUGCAGGACUGACUAGCUUGGAGAGAUAUAUGAAACAGAACUUGAGACUGAGAACCAUAAAAACAACAGACAUUGAAUUCACUGUAGGUGACAUGCAUCGAGACUUCAUAAGCUUUUGCAGGGUGAAGUGAAUAUAUCAUCUGGUCUGUGUGCAUAUAAAUACUGUUCACUGGUGACAACAGUACUGUCACAUUAAUUUGUUAUCUUCAAAAUAUUUUAUCAAACCAAAAUGGGCUCCAUAUCUUUGGAAGCCUGUGGAAUUUUUCAAAUUUAAAUGUUUACAAAAUGCAGUGCUCACAAAUGGGGAAAAAUAGUGUAAAAAGAAAGGAACUCAUGUAUUCAUAAAUAUAUUCUUAUUUAUUUACAAUAUGCUAAAAUUAAAGCCAUGCAGUAGUGUAAAAAGACAGGAAAUUAAAAACCAUUAAUAUGAUAUAUGUAAUAGGAUGUAGCAGGAAUUUCUUUACAAAUUUAAAAUAAAGUUCCAAGUGUUUAAUUUUUAAAAAGUUACCUUUUUUACUAGCAUUUUUAUCGUUUCAUAUCAUUAAUUGAUGCCAAUACAGCUGAAAUUAAUUGUAGAAUUACAGCAAAUAACACGAAAUUUACAAAUCAGUUACAAAUAGAGAUCUACGGACUUAACUCCUGUAUGCAGAGCAGAGAUCUAUAAAUACUGCCUUGGGUUCAGUCAGUUGUGUAUAACUAAUCAGAAUGGUCACCAGAUUAAUCCAAGCAAAAUACUGCUGGUCUUAUGCAAUAAUACAAUACAAACAGUUGAAUAUCCAAUACAACACUGAAAAGUUUAAAAAAUGUAAAUUCACCUUAAACAAUAUAUUUAUAAACCUCAAGAGUUAAGCAAACAUAUAUUUCUAAUCAAAAUAAAAGUAAAAAUGAAAAAUAAACAUUACAACAUUCACAACAAAAGCAUAGUAACUACUUGUUAGGAUUGAAAUAGGAACAGAUAGAGCAGGUCCAAAAUACACGGUACAUUUAAAUCAGUAUUCAGUCUAUCUUUCAGAAGUCUCUUGAUUAUGGAUACGAGAAGAGGAAAUUAGAAUCUAAUAUCAAGGUCAUUAGACACUGAUAACAAGCAGAGAGGGGCAAAGUCAGAUAGGAUAUUACAUUUGUGGUAAUUGUUUGGGAACAUACUUAAGCUACUACUAAUUCGUUGCUACAAUGAUCAUAACAGUUGAAUACGUGCAACUUGCCAGUGCAGUGCCUUUACCAAACAUAUGUCUAUGGACCUCAAAGAGAAAGAGAGAAAGAGAGAAAGAGAGAGAGAGAGAGAGAGAGAGAGAGAGAGAGA